GUUAGUUGUUAUUUUUAUUUUAUAUGAUUGCCCCUUGAUUUAUGCCUUAAGAUGCAUUAAGUGAGACAUCAACUCGGCUCGGACAAGUGUUUGUGUGUGAGUGUGCGCGCGUGUGUAUUAGUGUAUGUGGGCGUGUGUGUGUGGGUGUGCGUGUGACUCGUUGUCGUCGAUUUGAUCGUCGUCUUCGUCGUGAUCGUGUCACUGUGGAUACAUCUCCAGUAAAUCCCACAAUUGAAAUCCAUGUAUUAUGUAUGUACAUAUAUUUGUCCCGCUCUUUAAAUCUACCGCGCGCGCAUCUCUCUCUCUGUGUAUGUGUGUGUGUGUGUGUGUGUGUGUGUGACUAAGUGAGGCUAAGCCGCCACCGUUACCGUUACUGUCGUUUUCGCCGCUUUUGCCGCUUGCCUUAGAAGAAGGAAUGAAAAAAAACGAACCGAAAUCAACACCAUAUUGAAGUGGGAUCUGCCCGCAACGGUGAAGGGAGAGAGAGAGAGAGACAGAGCAGGAGAGGCAAGCAGGCGCUUGUGUGUGCUGGAGGAAGUGUGUGGACGGACACACUGAGAUUUGAGAUAUUUCUUUCUUUUUUUUUUGUUGUUUUUGUUUUUUUUUUCGUGUGAUCCGAGAUUCUAGAUUGAGAUUGCGUUUCAUAUUAACGUCGCAGCGCAGUUUACGAGUGUCCAUCACCACUACAACACCGUGCAGCAAUGGAAGACUAUUGGGGUCUUAGCAGCACUACGGAUGCAAAUUGUACUCUGCCCGCCAUUGAUGAUUUCCCCAGAGAUCUAUUCUCGGAGGCGCAAAGACAGUCCGGUGCUGUUGUACUUCAUGUUAUAGCCAGUUUAUAUUUAUUUGUAGCAUUAGCAGUAGUAUGUGAUGAGUACUUUGUGCCAGCAGUUGAGAAAAUAUGUGCAGCCCUCAACAUGUCCAACGAUGUGGCGGGGGCCACAUUUAUGGCUGCAGCCACAUCGGCCCCCGAGUUGUUUGUCAAUGUGAUAGGCACAUUUAUCACAGAGGGUGACAUCGGUGUUGGGACCAUUGUGGGCUCGGCGGUUUUUAAUAUUUUGGCAGUGGCCGCCUGUUGCGGCAUUGGAGCUGGAAUGACCAUACCAUUGGAUUGGUGGCCAUUAACGCGAGACAGCAUCGCCUAUGGAGUAACUGUGGCCAUACUCAUCUGUGUGAUGCAUGACGAGCGUGUCGAGUGGUAUGAGGCAUUGAUUUUGGUAUCACUCUAUGCUGUCUAUUUGGCAGUUAUGUAUUUCGAUAAAUCCUUUCAAAAGUGCGCCAAAGGUGGCGUUAAACAGGCACGUUCUCGCAGUCGAUCAUCCAAUUGCAGUAUACACACAAAGAAUAGCAAUGAAAAGGAUCCAGAGCUGGCCGAUAAUCGGAUAUGUCAGAAUAUGGCUACUAUACAGUUGAAUGGUGGUCUUAAUAACGAACAAGUCAAAGUGACAACAGCAGUAACAGCAGCAACAACAACAACAACAUCUUCACUAGCAGCAAUCGCCGAUGGCGGAGGAGGAGGAGGAGGUGACGGAGGUGGAGGCGCAAUUCCAUCUAUAUCCGCUUCAAUUGACAAUGCCGAUGCUGAGGCACAGCAGCAAGCAACCGAUGUCAUCGCUAUACCCGAACAACAGGAGGAGGGCUAUUCCCUGCUUAAAUAUCCCAAGGACAAGAGUUGCUUUGCCCAGUUUACCUGGCUAAUUAUCUGGCCCAUACAUCUACUAUUUCGCAUAGCCAUUCCCGAUUGCAGGAAGGCCAAAAAUAAUAAAAUCUUUCCAUUGACCUUCAUCAUGUGCAUUGUCUGGAUUGGAUCGCUGUCUUAUGUCGUAGCGUGGAUGAUAACCAUAAUUGGUGAUACACUUAAGAUACCCGAUUCAGUGAUGGGGAUCACUUUCCUGGCCGCCGGCACAAGUGUUCCAGAGGCUGUAUCCAGUGUGAUUGUGGCGAAACGCGGUCACGGAUCGAUGGGCAUUUGCAAUUCAAUUGGAUCGAAUACAUUCGAUAUACUCUUAUGCCUUGGAGUGCCCUGGCUAAUUAAGUCCGUUUACUUUCCCAUACAGCCGGGACAGAAUUAUGUGGCCAUCAAUUCAGCCGGAUUGGAAUAUUCGGCCAUUACAUUACUGUCCACGCUAUUUCUGCUCUAUCUGACAUUCUCGACGAAUAAGUUCAAGCUGGACAAAAAGGUGGGCACCGCGUGCCUGGUCAUGUAUUUGGUUUUCAUGGUAUUCGCCUCACUCAUCGAGCUAAAUGUGUUCUUCCGCGUCAAUUUGCCCACCUGCGGACGAUCAUGAGUGCAAUCGAAAUGAUAAAUGGGAAUGGACUCAAAUCUCCACAUAAAAACAAAACAAAAAAAACAAUGUUCCAAAAAAUUCAAAUUUAGAUUU